AUGGUCUACCAGCAAGCCGCGCUUCAACAAGCGAGAGAAUAUCCUGCUACUUUUAGAGGACCAAAUGUCAGAUUCGAAUUCAAAUACAAUUACACAUUAUCUUGUCAAAUAAAAUACAUUAAUAGUAACACUUUGACAGAUUCGAAUUCAUGUACCACCCAAUAUUUACUUCAACCAAAUCAAACUAAUGACCUUUAUUAUGGGUUUUUAUUCGGAAACCUUCAGUUUGCUGGAUAUUCACCGGGAAUAUUUGAACUUCAAAUCAAUGUUUAUGUUAAUGAUCCGGCAUACAACGUGACAUCUGAUCCUGGAUUUGGAUUCAGGCUUUACGAUCCAGAUCCCGAGUUCGAGAAUAUAACUCCAUUAGAUACCACGACAAAACAAUUAAGUGAACUUGAUAAUUUAAAUUACUAUAUUCUUGGACCGUCACAAGCGAAUUUUAUUAGUUAUCGACGAUUUCUCAAUAGGACAUUAACUAAUGCUUGGCAGAAUACAUUGGGGGUACCUCCAACUCAAUAUGAUCAAGAAUACUUUAUGACAUCAAGCUUUUCAUCGAUCCCGAUGCCUGGAAAUGACGUUAAAACAAGAUAUGCGUUUAUCUCGAUCACUUUGCAAUCAAAUGAACUAGACUCGAUCACUGAAUUCAAGAGCAUGACGAUCUUAACGCUCUUCGGUACUUGGGGUGGUGCUUUUACCAUUGCAUCCGGAAUAAUCGCAACAUGUUUUGGCGUAAAUCUUCUAUCCCCCUUCGGAGUAGCGUAUCAACUUCCAUGCGUAAAGUCAAAAUUAAAAUCAAGUCUUCGGGAAAAAAACAAAGUCUACGAAGAACAUCCACUCGCUUUAACGAACAAUGCGCAAUUAGCUUUGCCGAGAAGAUUUCAACGUGACGCGUAUUCAAAAUUGGAUGAUCGGGUUCAAGCAUUGGAAACUUUCCAAGAGGAAUUAGUAGCAUAUCAUGAACAAUUGUUGGUUUACCAGCAACAUUUGGAUCGUCGGCAGAUGAAUAUGGGUAACUUUCUUAGCGAAUAUGUGGUUAAUGUUGAAAAAAUUAUUAAUCUACAUUCAAAAGUUACGAGUACAUGUACGUAA